AUGGCGGUCUCCGACCUGUUCGUAGCAAUAGUGCGAAUGCAUCACAUUACCAACCCAAGCAAGUUUCGACGCUUGAAACGAUUCGCAUUGCAUGCCAAUGUAUCUGGCUUGGUCAAGAAAGGGAAGCCAGGGCUGGUGGUUUUCGAUGGGAGUCAGUCGUCUGUCAAGACCUUUCUAGCCAACGCUCGAGGGCUGCGGUACUUGGAAUAUCAUCACGUCGACACAACGUCAUUGCCUGAUAAAUCCAAACGAGUUGCAGAUGGUGCGCCAGGCCUGCACGAGGUCGAGCACGUCAACACACUGGUGAAGGCCAUGGACAAAGUGGCGCUCAAACAAUGGUUCAGGGACAAUUUAGGGAUGGCCGGUCCUGGUCGAUGA